AUGCCUAGUGCCGUCGCCGUCGUCGUUCUUCCGCCCUCCACCGAGCCCCGUCUCGAGUCGUCGCCAUCCCCUUCCUCUUCUUCCUUCUUUACCACACCAUCAUCCGACGCAAUCACCGCAGCCACCGCAGCCAACCUCCUCGCAACAGCAACAACCCUUGUUACUGCUGGACAAUCCCUCAAGUGUACCGAAGCCCUCAGCGCUCAAAAGCAGCACCGGAUCACGUACAUCCAACAGCAGCAAAGGAUACAACAGGAGAAGCAGCGGCAGCUUAUUUACUCCCAACAACAGCGGCACCAGCAAUAUCUGCGAUGUUCUGGACAAAUGCCUUACACAACCCCAGGAAGGGCUUUUAUUGAUAACGGGAAGAACAAGGCGAUGGGAGGCACGGGCAAGGGCAAGGAACCAAAGUUUGUGGACUUGGUGGAUGAUGUCUGGAGGUUAAUCUUUUUCAUCCUUGCCUGUGAUUGUAAGGAUCUCGGACGGGUCAUGCAAUGUGGCCUCGAGACUCUUUGUCUGUUGAUCCUCAUCGCUAACGAUGCUCUACUCUGGAGAUUAACCUACAAGUUGACUAUAUCAGGAUCGAUCUUUGCAGGACAAAAGCCCCUCCUGUCACCUUCUUGGAUUAGAGAACACCAGCUAUCGGUACAAGAGGCGUCAGAGUCUCUUGCCUCUUCUUCCUCUGCGCUUCAGGGUCGAUCGGGAUCUACAUCCAACGGCGCGCUCCCACACACCCUCAAAAAGUUCUCAAGCUACAUGAUCGACAGGAACGACGAUGGUCUGGACUCUAUGCCUAUCAACACGGGUGAACACGGACUUUGCAGGGGAUCAGUCGGCAAUGUAGAGGCGGCGAGUUCGUCUGCUUUGAGUGCAUUGGCCUCUUCUCGAUCACAUUCAGGAUCACAGUCCACAGGAGCCCUCCUUCAGCCGAACAGCAUCACCAACACCAAUGCUACUCGUACAGCGGUGUCCAUAGCCCCAGGACUGCAAAUGCCCUCGCCCCUGAUCCUGCCCCACCACCGUCGGAUAGCACAGAGCAUGAACGCCGUGAACACAUCCUCUGGUCAACCAACUGUAUUCACUCCUGCCCAAGUCGCUAGUUCCAGCCAGUCGCAGCUAUCAUACUUCUCAGGAACGACUUCAACCAACAGCAGCAGCGGGAACUUGGGACCAACUACUACCAGAACACCCGCCUCCACACCAGCAACAACUUCGAUGCCCUCCUUCUCUUCAACACUAUCAUCGUCCGUCUCACAAGUCGCUGCCACCAAUUCGUCAGCAACACCAAUCCGCGUGAUUCAGCACCAUAUUCCGAGCACGACGCUAAUGCAUCAUUCACCAGCUGUCUACUGGAAAUAUCAGGUGGCCGAGUGGUUGGAGCAGGAGAAACUACGGUGCUUGAGACUGGGUUUGUUUUGGGGGUUCAAUGCAGCAGCAUCGAAGGUGCACGGACGCAAACCCCAUGGAACACUGUGA